UUCUGGGUGCUGCUAGAGAAGCCAAGUUUGUAUAAAUAUCGGAAUCUCUGAACAAUAAAAGAACAGCUUGGAAAGUUAUACAGAUAUUAUACAGGAUACACAGAUUGAUUGAGACUGCAGCCUGACUUCUGGAGCUCCAGCCUGCUGGUUUUGCUUCAGAAAUAUGGACCUCAGUGUAGCAAGCGUUCUACUACUUGUGGUACUGGCUGAGACCACCCCUGAGAGAUACUAUCAUGUUAAGAAACAGUCUUUUCCUACAAAAUCCCACACUGUUGCUAGUCAACCUGGUAUUCCAGGAUCCCCAGGUGAACCUGGUCCGCCUGGUCCCCCCGGCCCAGCAGGAAUACCUGGAAAAAAUGGUUUUGGACAGACUGGACCUAUAGGCCCACCUGGACCACCAGGUCCAGCAGGUUACUCCUCACCAGGAAAACCUGGAAGCCCAGGAAUACCUGGAAAACAAGGGGCAUUAGGAUUUCCAGGUGAGAAGGGACAUCCAGGGCCUCCAGGACCACAAGGGGCAAGAGGAGCAUCAGGACCACCUGGAACCCAUGGGCCUGCUGGCAUUUCCGCUCCUGGAAAACCUGGACCACACGGUCUUCCUGGUGGAAUGGGCCCACGUGGAAUACCAGGCCUAAUAGGGCAGCCUGGAAUUCCUGGUGUGCCAGGCCAGAAAGGAGAACCCGGCCAUGGUAUUCCAGGGAGAACUGGUGGCCCAGGUUCAGAGGGUCUUCAGGGGACUCCUGGUCAGCCUGGAAUUGGAAAACCUGGACCAGCUGGAUUUUCUGGAGAGCCUGGAAAGCCAGGAAUGCCAGGAAGGGAUGGAAUACCAGGAGCUAUGGGUAUGCAAGGCCAAAAGGGUCACACAGGAGCACCUGGGGUAGGAGCACCAGGAAAACCAGGCCUGAAUGGUGCUCCAGGUUUGCCUGGGCCAGUGGGCCAAAAGGGUCCUCAGGGACCAGCAGGACAACCAGGAGCUCCAGGUCUGACUGGUAAUGGAAAGCCUGGAAUACAUGGACUUCCAGGAGAGAGAGGAGUGCCAGGAAUCCCAGGUCCCACAGGCCAAAGGGGAGAGCCAGGGCAAAAAGGUUACACAGGUCAGCCAGGUGGAACUGGGCAGAAAGGUUCACCAGGUCUGCAGGGUGUUAUGGGUUUCCCAGGAGAGAGGGGAGCACAGGGACCUAAAGGAGAUAAUGGAAUGGGUGGAGUAACAGGCCCUAAAGGUUCAAAAGGUGAACAAGGUGCACAAGGUUUCACAGGAAAGCAAGGUAUUCUAGGUGCAGCAGGUCCCCCAGGCCAGAUGGGUUUUAUGGGACCCCGGGGUCCAAAGGGUGAACCAGGAUUGACCAGUGCUCCAGGUAUUCCAGGCAGAAUGGGACCACCAGGAGAUAAGGGACAUCCUGGGCUUCCAGGGCCACGAGGUGAAAAUGGCGAAAAUGGUAUCCCUGGAGCAAGAGGACCAGCAGGCCAAGUGGGACUGGCCGGUCCACCGGGGCUUAAGGGACAUCCAGGACCCCCUGGCCCAACAGGUCUUACAGCAAAGGGAAGUUCUGGACCUCAGGGUCCUCAUGGUAUACCUGGUGCCAGAGGUCAGGAUGGUCUCCCAGGCCUUCCAGGUCCUCCUGGACUACCUGGUCACCCAGGCGAGAUUAUGUACUACAAUGACAAAAGCAUGCCUAUUAAGUCUCGUAAGAUGCCAAUGCCUGUUAGUCAUGAACUGAUUAAGGUACCCAUGUCAGCAUUUACAGCACUUCUUACCACUGCAUAUCCCAAUCCUGGAACACCAAUCAUAUUUAACCAGAUAGUCUACAAUGGAGAGAACCACUAUAAUCCAAACACCGGCAUGUUUACCUGUCAAGUUCCAGGACUGUACUACUUUUCCUUCCAUAUACAUGUCAAUGGAGCAAAUGCAUUAGUAGCACUUUAUAAAAAUACAGAACCAGUCAUGUUCUCUUAUGAUGAGUACAACAAGGGUUUUCUUGAUCAGAUGUCUGGUAGUGCCAUCCUUAUGCUACAUGCCUAUGACACUGUGUACAUUCAGGUUUCAGAUGAUCAGUCAAAUGGCAUUUAUGCUGAUGAAAAUGUUCACUGUUCCUUUUCUGGUUUCUUGAUUGCCUCAACAUAAUUUUUUCUCGAUUGGAGUUUUAGGUUCCUCGCCACCAUUUGCAUACUGUUUUGCACUAUUUGCCUGGCCAGGGGGGCUGCUUUAGAAUUUUAAAGUUUUACUUAAUUAAUAUUGCAUAUAGGAAUUUAUAGUCUGUUUAAUAUUUGACCUGUGUUUCUCUCUGCUGUAUCUUAAAUGAGUGCUUUCACUGUGCAUGCGUGCCUGCGUGUGUGUGUUCAUGUUUGUAUAUCCCGGUGGGGACCUAAACCUGAAUGCACACCAACACAUGGGGACUCGUGUCACUGUGGGGACCAAAAUUGAGGUCCUCACGGGCAAAAAAGCUUAUAAAUUGUACAGAACGAUAUUUUUUGAAAAUCUAAAAAUGCACAACGUUUUCUAUGAUCUUUAGGUUUAGGGGUUGGGUUAGGGGUAGGGGAUAAAAUAUACAGUUUGUACAGUAUACAACUCAUUAGGCCUAUGGACUGUUUACUAACUUUAAUUGUUUUGCUUAUAGUCAAUGUUUAUCAUGUACAGCUGUAAAUGUAACAAUGAAAAUU